ACUCCAUGUGAAGUCAUGUGGCCAAACCAACUGUCACGUAAACAUUAGCUAGCUAACCUCGUCUACAAGCUCCAGUAAUGAGCGAAGCAUCAUGCGAGGCCUAGUUAGCUAGCUGUCCAACAAUCUGUUAGAUAGGUACUUUUACAAAAACAAAACGUGCAGCUGCAGUGCUAGCUUGUUAUAGUCAACCAGCUCAAUGGUAAACGUACGCUGCCUGUCCCUUCCACUUCUCUCGCGCAGUCAGCAGCAUUGGCUUUGGGGUGGCUAACUAGCUGCUGGUAUGCUGUAUUCCAAGUCCUGAACAAUUCUAUAAGAUUUUAUUUGAGUAGCCGAUUUAUUAAUUCGAACAACACGUUGCCCGUUUAGUGUAUCGAGCUCCUUUCGCAGCGAGGGCGGCUGCUUUCGCAGCGAGUGCCGAGGUGCUUCUUUGGAAUCGGCGUCGUUAAGCAGGGCUGCGUCUAUGACCUCACUGCCUGGCCGGAGAGAUGUACCCACCGCCACGGAAGGAUUUUGUAUCUUUAACCCUCAGUGAGCGGGACGGCGGCAGCUACAACAACAGCAAGCACUGGCGCAGGCAGUCCUGCUGGAGGAAGUGGAAGCAGCUGUCGAGGCUCCAGCGCAGUCUGAUUCUCUUCCUGCUGGCGCUGCUGGUGGUUUGUGGGAUCGUCGCCUACCCCAAUCUGACGGACCACUGGAGAGGCCUCUCUGACAGGUCAGUGAGGGACGACUGGGACAAAGAGAACGAGGCAGACCUGAAGCCUGUCCUGCCGGGGGUCGUCCCGGGGGUCGUGCCGAAAGUCGUUCCAGAGCCGAAGGAAGAGGAGGACGGGCUGGUUCUUCCCAAACCCCACGCCGCGAAGAAGCUGUUGCCAAACAGGCGUGGCCCCCCCAACCUGCAGGGCCGCUGGAAACGAGGGAAUGAAUCGGACUGGCAGGCGAAGGAGAAGGAGAAGGAGAAGCAGGGGCCUGUGGCAAAGAACAGAGAUGAAAAAGUGCGAGGAGAGGAGGAGGAAGAGGGAGAGAAGCCACUGAUCAGCUGGAGGGGGGCCAUGAUCGAGGCUGAUCACGCCACGGAGCCGCAGCCCUCUGCCAAAGAGAAGGACCCGGUGCCUUCCGGACCCGCCGAACCAGGAGAGAGUGCCCCCGUGGGGCCAGCAGAGCGGAUGCAGGCGGUGCUGGAGGCCUUCAGACAUGCCUGGAAGGGCUAUAAGGAGUUUGCCUGGGGCCAUGACGAGCUCAAGCCCAUCUCCAAGUCCUUCGGGGAGUGGUUCGGUCUGGGGCUCACCCUCAUCGACGCCCUGGACACCAUGUGGAUCCUGGGCCUGAAAGAAGAGUUCCAGGAGGCCAGGAAGUGGGUGGAGACGGAGCUCUCCUUCUCCAAAAACGUGGACGUCAACCUGUUCGAGAGCACCAUCCGCAUCAUGGGGGGUCUGCUCAGCACCUACCACCUGACUGGCGACUCCCUGUUCUUCGACAAAGCUAAAGAUUUGGGGUCCCGGUUAAUGCCUGCGUUCAGCACCCCCUCCAAAGUGCCGUACUCGGACGUGAACCUGGGGAAGGGCACCGCCCACCCUCCCCGCUGGACCACCGACAGCACCGUCGCCGAGGUAACCAGCAUCCAGUUGGAGUUUCGAGAGCUGAGCCGCCUCACCAAGGACCCCCGAUACAGGGAGGCGGUGGACGAGGUGAUGAGGAUGGUGCACAAGCUGGAGGGGAAGCACGACGGGCUGGUGCCCAUGUUCAUCAACACCAACAGCGGGCAGUUCACCCACCGCGGGGUCUUCACCCUGGGCGCCCGCGCCGACAGCUACUACGAGUACCUGCUGAAGCAGUGGCUGCAGGGAGGCAAGAAGGAGACCGAGUUGCUGGAGGACUAUAUCCAGGCCAUAGAAGGGGUGAAGAAGAACCUGCUGAGGCAGACGUCUCCUCUGAAGCUCACCUUUGUGGGGGAGCUGUCCCACGGCCGAUUCAGCCCUAAAAUGGACCACCUGGUGUGCUUCCUGCCGGGCACCCUGGCUCUGGGGGCCCAUAACGGCCUGCCGGAGGACCACAUGGAGCUGGCGCGGCGGCUGAUGGAGACGUGCUACCAGAUGUACGCGCAGAUGGAGACGGGCCUGAGCCCCGAGAUCGUGCACUUCAACACGCAGCCGCGCAACGGCCGCGACGUGGAGGUCAAGCCUGCUGACAGGCACAACCUACUGAGGCCAGAGACGGUGGAGAGCCUGUUCUACCUGUACAGGUUCACUCAGGACAAGAAGUACCAGGACUGGGGCUGGAAGAUCUUCCAGAGCUUCAACAAGUACACCAGGGUGCCCUCGGGCGGGUACACCUCCAUCAGCAACGUGCGCGACCCCGCCAACCCCAGCCCGCGGGACAAGAUGGAGAGCUUCUUCCUGGGCGAGACGCUCAAGUACUUCUACCUGCUGUUCUCCGACGACCCCGAGCUGGUCAGCCUGGACAAGUACGUCUUCAACACGGAGGCGCACCCCUUCCCCAUCUGGCCCUCCGAGCAGUGACGGGAAGCUCAGCCGCUCCCGCAGGAAGUGACACGUGCAGUAUGCGCACGCGUGCUCCCCCAGGGCUUCCCUGGGUGAGGAGCCGUUGGGGUUUGAGGGGAGGAAAGUGGGCGGUCUUGGCCAGGAAGGGGGAGUGAGGUAGAUAUCGGACUGGGCCUUUUCUUUUUUUUACUUCUUUCAGUACCUUUUUUCCUACCCCCUCCCACAGCCCCUCUUCCACUAGACCUCGUCCCGUGGCACCUGUUUAGGAAGCCUCGUUCUCCUCGGUGUGAAAUGAAGAUUUCAGAACUUUGAUGCAGUUCAAGAUUCCGUUCGCUUGAGAAUCAAUCAAGCACUGCUGUUGUUGUUGAUCUCCAUCACAAUUGGCUGGCGGCGGGUUGGGGGUGGGGCUUAGUAUUUAGUAUCCUAUCCAUUUUAUUGGUGGAUUCGGUAAAGAGGUUCAUAUUUAGUGGCCUGCUUCCCAACUUCCUCCCCUCUCCAAAAUUAGAAUGAGCCUCCCCCCCCCCUCUGUUGUGUACGGGAGAAAUCUAGACGGAAACCUCAGGAGCCUGUGGGGUCUGGAUUGGCUACGCUUCCUUGUCCAGCCGUUGGGUGGGUGCCAGGGACAACCGGGGAAUCACUGCCAGAAGCGAACCGAAAAGCAGCUCCCUCGUCGCUGGGCCCCACUGGCGGUUCCGUUAUUGGGGGGGGGUUUACGAUUUUGAGAAGUGAACCGGGGGGGGGGGGUGCUGGGAGUGGCCACGCAGCGUCCUCCUCCGCCGGUGUUAGUUUCGACCGUCGCCAUGUCAGCCUACCCUACAGCGGGAAAGGGUGGAGCUUUCAGUCUGCGCACUGUGAAAUGUUUCCGUAAGAGAAGCCAAGCACUUGGUAAAUGAAACUUUUUAUUUUGUGUGUGUAUUAUUUUUAGUUUUUUUGUGUGUGUGUGUGUGUGUUUGUCACUUGAAAUUGGAAUAGAAGCUGCUGGCUUUUAUUUUUCUAUUUGAGCCUGUUUUCAAGGCCAGAUCGAUGAGACACUGACAGUAUAAUGAAUUGUAUCUUCUGUCAUCUCUGUAUUGUGAACCGCAUUAUAGCCAGAAAACGUGACUGCGUUACUUAUUUCCUUUCUUCUUGUUUUUUGUCGGGGAAUGGGUUGGCCUGUACUAGUUACUAAUUUCCCCCUAUUGAAUCUCUCUCUUUCCUCCUUAUUUAUGCACAGUAUACCCUUUUCUUUUGUUUAAUGAGCACUUUUGUGAAGUCCCAGCAAAAUUAUCGGUUGGCCUGCAGUGGGGUACAGUGCAUCAUGGGAAAUGAAGUGAAGAGACUGGCCUGGGUCACUGAGUGGUCUCUUGUUGAGUUACUCUGUUAUAUGUGUACACAAUGGAUCUAAGGCAUAUCACAAUCCCGUGAGCUCGUUGGGUCACGCAGGUCCUCUCUCUCUGGAGUCAUAGCCACUGUACAGUCUUGACCACACACAAAUGCGGAUCCCUGGAUUGUAGAUUCAGCCAUUGGGACAACAACGUCGUGCACUUCCUUGUUUCGCAUAUGUGCAAUGUCGGCAUUGAACGUGUGUGUGUGUGUGUGUGUGUGUGUGUGUGUGUGUGUAUGUGUGUGUGGCCACUGUUUUAGAGUGCAUUAUAAUGUAGCUUUUCUAGAUAUUGGUUUUUGGGGAAUUAUGACCAACUAGAAUUUAAAACAAUUUAAACUAUUGCUGCCAACAGACCAAGGAACAUUGUGGACUAUGAUCAUUCCUGUAAAUAAUGACAUAAAUAAUUACAUUUAAAAAAAAAAAAAAGAA